AUGCUCCUCCUUCUCCUCGCUACCUCUGUGCUCGCCGAGCACCACCACCAGCAACAACAGCACUUCAUCACGCCCGACCACUCGCUGCUCCGCACGAUCAAGAGCACGCCCCUGCCCACGCCACCCCUGCCGACAGUAUUCGGCGUGCUCCCUUCCGACGCCGCGCCGGGCAUGUUCCCGGCCCCUACGUCGGCCGUUACUGCCUCGAGCGCGCGUCGGCGGCGACGACAGCGUACCCCGGCAGGCAUCACUGCGCCGCCUGUGUUUCUCGGGCUCGACGCGGUGCCGACGUCCUAA